AUGAUCGUACCACGUCAAUCCCGUGCCCCGACCGGUACACACCCCUUGCCCGGGUCCCCCCUUCAUAGUCACACCCCCUGCCCCCUCAUGCCAUCCGCUCCCCCCGCCCCCACCCUCCGCGUGUCCGCUCCCUUGCCGCCUCUUUUGACCCUCCCUGCCCCCCUCGCCGUUUCCCACCGCCCGCCAUUCGCUCCUCCCCGCCCGUGCGCUCCCCUCGUUUACCUUCUCCUCCCCCCUCCCCUCCUCUGCUGCACGCCUCUUCCUUCCCCUCGCCGACCCACUCCACUCCCUGCCCCUCCUCAAUCCGCACCCUGCCCCUCGUAUCUCGCCCCCCUAUGCUUGGUUUCUCCUCUCCCUGCCCCUCGCCGCCUUUCUCCGCUCCCCACCUCCCCCCUCUCCCUGCUCCCCCACUCUCCCCCCCUUGCCCUUGGCUUCCUACCUCCCUGCCCCACCUUUCCCCCCUCCGUGUGCUCAGCUUCUCCCCUCCCUGCCCCUCCCUCCUCCCCGCCCUGCCCCUCAUUUUCCGCCCCCCCACGCCCGGUUUCUCCCCUCCCCGCGCCUCCCUUUCUUUCUCCGUGCCUCUCCUUUGCUCCCUCCCUGCCCCCGCCUGCCCAUGCCCCUGUCUUUGGCUUCUCCCCUCCCUGCCCCACGUUUCUUCCCUCCCUGCCCCCCCUCUGCCCCUCCCUUGUUUUCCCCUCACCCAUUGCUUCUCCCCUCCCUGCCCUUGAUUUCCCGCACCCCUGCCCUUGUUUCCUACCAUCCAUGCCCCUCGUUUCCCCCCUUUGUACGUUCAGCCUCUUCCCUCCCUGCCCCUCCCCUCCUCCCCCCCUGCCCUUUGCGUUCCCCUCGUUACGCUCCCUUCUCCCCAUCCCUGCUGCCCUCUUGCCACCAUCAGCCCAUCCGCACCACCAGCCCCCCUCCCACCCUUCUCUCCCCCCCUCCCUCUCUCUCUCUCUCUCUCUCUCUCUCUCUCUCUCUCUCUCUCUCUCUCUCUUUCUCACACACACACGCACACUCCCCUCCCCCACCCCCCACCCACGUCCUCCCAUUCCGCCCCUCCCUGCCCCUUUCCCACCCCCUCGCACGCCCCUCACCUCCCACCUCCGUGCAACUGGUUUCCCCCCUAUGGUGCCUCCCUUGCAUCGCUCGCCCCUCUGCUCACCCUCUGCCCGCCCCUUUUCCGUGCCCUCAGCUGGCCCAGCCCCUGCCCGUUGCUGCCCCUCCCCUUGCCCCCUCAACUCCCCUGCCCCCCGUACACCCCAGUCCCAUCCAACCGCCCCCACCCUCCCCCGGCUGCCCGUUUCCGCUCUCCACCCCCGCGACCUCACACCCCCUGCCUCCUCAUGCCAUCCGCUCCCCCCCGCCCCCACCCUCCGCGUGCCCGCUCCCUUGCCGCCUCUUUUGACCCUCCCUGCCCCCCUCGCCGUUUCCCACCGCCCGCCAUUCGCUCCUCCCCGCCCGUGCGCUCCCCUCGUUUACCUUCUCCUCCCCCCUCCCCUCCUCUGCUGCACGCCUCUUCCUUCCCCUCGCCGACCCACUCCACUCCCUGCCCCUCCUCAAUCCGCACCCUGCCCCUCGUAUCUCGCCCCCCUAUGCUUGGUUUCUCCCCUCCCUGCCCCUCGCCGCCUUUCUCCGCUCCCCACCUCCCCCCUCUCCCUGCUCCCCCACUCUCCCCCCCUUGCCCUUGGCUUCCUACCUCCCUGCCCCACCUUUCCCCCCUCCGUGUGCUCAGCUUCUCCCCUCCCUGCCCCUCCCUCCUCCCCGCCCUGCCCCUCAUUUUCCGCCCCCCCACGCCCGGUUUCUCCCCUCCCCGCGCCUCCCUUUCUUUCUCCGUGCCUCUCCUUUGCUCCCUCCCUGCCCCCGCCUGCCCAUGCCCCUGUCUUUGGCUUCUCCCCUCCCUGCCCCACGUUUCUUCCCUCCCUGCCCCCCCUCUGCCCCUCCCUUGUUUUCCCCUCACCCAUUGCUUCUCCCCUCCCUGCCCUUGAUUUCCCGCACCCCUGCCCUUGUUUCCUACCAUCCAUGCCCCUCGUUUCCCCCCUUUGUACGUUCAGCCUCUUCCCUCCCUGCCCCUCCCCUCCUCCCCCCCUGCCCUUUGCGUUCCCCUCGUUACGCUCCCUUCUCCCCAUCCCUGCUGCCCUCUUGCCACCAUCAGCCCAUCCGCACCACCAGCCCCCCUCCCACCCUUCUCUCCCCCCCUCCCUUUCCCUCUCUCUCUCUCUCUCUCUCUCUCUCUCUCUCUUUCUCACACACACACGCACACUCCCCUCCCCCACCCCCCACCCACAUCCUCCCAUUCUGCCCCUCCCUGCCCCUUUCCCACGCCCUCGCACGCCCCUCACCUCCCACCUCCGUGCAACUGGUUUCCCCCCUAUGGUGCCUCCCUUGCAUCGCUCGCCCCUCUGCUCACCCUCUGCCCGCCCCUUUUCCGUGCCCUCAGCUGGCCCAGCCCCUGCCCGUUGCUGCCCCUCCCCUUGCCCCCUCAACUCCCCUGCCCCCCGUACACCCCAGUCCCAUCCAACCGCCCCCACCCUCCCCCGGCUGCCCGUUUCCGCUCUCCACCCCCGCGACCUCACACCCCCUGCCUCCUCAUGCCAUCCGCUCCCCCCCGCCCCCACCCUCCGCGUGCCCGCUCCCUUGCCGCCUCUUUUGACCCUCCCUGCCCCCCUCGCCGUUUCCCACCGCCCGCCAUUCGCUCCUCCCCGCCCGUGCGCUCCCCUCGUUUACCUUCUCCUCCCCCCUCCCCUCCUCUGCUGCACGCCUCUUCCUUCCCCUCGCCGACCCAUUCCACUCCCUGCCCCUCCUCAAUCCGCACCCUGCCCCUCGUAUCUCGCCCCCCUAUGCUUGGUUUCUCCCCUCCCUGCCCCUCGCCGCCUUUCUCCGCUCCCCACCUCCCCCCUCUCCCUGCUCCCCCACUCUCCCCCCCUUGCCCUUGGCUUCCUACCUCCCUGCCCCACCUUUCCCCCCUCCGUGUGCUCAGCUUCUCCCCUCCCUGCCCCUCCCUCCUCCCCGCCCUGCCCCUCAUUUUCCGCCCCCCCACGCCCGGUUUCUCCCCUCCCCGCGCCUCCCUUUCUUUCUCCGUGCCUCUCCUUUGCUCCCUCCCUGCCCCCGCCUGCCCAUGCCCCUGUCUUUGGCUUCUCCCCUCCCUGCCCCACGUUUCUUCUCUCCCUGCCCCCCCUCUGCCCCUCCCUUGUUUUCCCCUCACCCAUUGCUUCUCCCCUCCCUGCCCUUGAUUUCCCGCACCCCUGCCCUUGUUUCCUACCAUCCAUGCCCCUCGUUUCCCCCCUUUGUACGUUCAGCCUCUUCCCUCCCUGCCCCUCCCCUCCUCCCCCCCUGCCCUUUGCGUUCCCCUCAGUUACGCUCCCUUCUCCCCAUCCCUGCUGCCCUCUUGCCACCAUCAGCCCAUCCGCACCACCAGCCCCCCUCCCACCCUUCUCUCCCCCCCUCCCUUUCCCUCUCUCUCUCUCUCUCUCUCUCUCUCUCUCUCUUUCUCACACACACACGCACACUCCCCUCCCCCACCCCCCACCCACGUCCUCCCAUUCCGCCCCUCCCUGCCCCUUUCCCACCCCCUCGCACGCCCCUCACCUCCCACCUCCGUGCAACUGGUUUCCCCCCUAUGGUGCCUCCCUUGCAUCGCUCGCCCCUCUGCUCACCCUCUGCCCGCCCCUUUUCCGUGCCCUCAGCUGGCCCAGCCCCUGCCCGUUGCUGCCCCUCCCCUUGCCCCCUCAACUCCCCUGCCCCCCGUACACCCCAGUCCCAUCCAACCGCCCCCACCCUCCCCCGGCUGCCCGUUUCCGCUCUCCACCCCCGCGACCGUGUGCGGCUUCCAACCGCCCAACGGUGGUGCGCACGGGGCGUUUCUUCGCACGGGCAAGCCUCCCCGGGGGGCCCCCACCCCGCUGA